AUGGGACAUGAAAGACCUGACGAAGAGAGACCCGAGUCACGUGAUCUUCGUGUCUACAGAGGUCCACCGCGUCUCGGCCCGACCAGAUUCUCUGCAUUCGCCGGAUCUUCGAAUCCGAAACAAACGACCAAGCGAGGGAAGAGGAAGAGAUUAACCAGAGCUUGGUACGAGACAAGGAUGGGUAAAGCGGCCAUUGGCGUAGUCUUGAUUCUAGGUUUCUUCUUCCUCGUUAAUUGGUUAAUGCUCUCUCGGCUUCACGACGCUCGACUUUGGCUUCAUAAAGGAUUCCCUAAGAACCCUAACCUAAACCUGAAACGGGUUCAUGCACAGAAUGAAGAGCGUAAAAAGUCUGGAAAACCAAAGAGGAAAUAUAACAGAACAUAUGAUAGAAUGUUGGGUUUGGCUGCUCAGGCUUUGGCAAAAGAAAAACUUGAGCCAAAAGACUUAUGGCAGGAGCCAAAGGUACAAGCUUUGGCUUGGAAGCCUUGUGCCGAUCAACGUUCUUGGGCUCCCAAGGAUGGCAAAAAUGGAUAUAUCAUGGUUACUGCAAAUGGAGGGAUUAAUCAACAAAGAGUUGCUGUAUGUAACAUCGUUGUUGUAGCUCGGUUGCUCAAUGCGGCUCUCGUCAUCCCCAAAUUCAUGCUAAGCGAUGUUUGGACAGAUGCAAGUCAGUUCGGAGAUAUUUAUCAAGAAGAACAUUUUAUUAAGUAUUUAUCCCCCGAUAUUCGGAUAGUUAAGGAACUACCAGAAGAGCUUCAAUCUUUGGAUCUUGAAGCAAUCGGCAGCGUUGUUACGGACACGGAUGUGAUGAAAGAAGCUAAACCAGAAUUCUAUAAGGAACGCAUUCUUCCUAUACUACUCAAGAACAGAGUAAUCCAUUUCGUUGGAUUCGGAAACCGCUUAGCCUUUGAUCCAAUACCAUUUAAGUUACAGAGGCUUCGGUGCAGAUGUAAUUUCCAUGCGCUAAACUUCAUUCCAAGCAUACAAGAAACAGGUGCGUUGCUUGUGAGAAGAUUAAGGAACAGUGAAUCUUACCUUGGACCACUUGAUCAGCCUCUCUUCGGUCAAAAAUCCUUAAUCUUGGACAAGAAGUUUGAUCCUUCCGUGCAGAAGAAGGCAUCUUCUUCUUCUUCUUCUAAUUCCAAGUAUCUGGCUCUCCAUUUACGUUUUGAAAUCGACAUGGUGGCUCACUCUCUCUGUUACUUUGGUGGAGGAGAAACGGAACAGAGAGAGUUGGAUACUUACCGACAAAAACACUUCCCGUCUCUCUCGUUUCUGACCAAAACAAAAAAAUUCCCAUCUCCUGAUACUUUGAGGACGGAAGGACUUUGUCCACUAACACCGGAAGAAGCCGUGCUCAUGCUCGCAGCUCUUGGCUUCAACCGCAAGACACGUGUUUUUGUAGCUGGCGCUAAUAUAUACGGAGGAUCAAAACGUUUAGAUGUGUUAACAAGUUUAUACCCGAAUCUUGUCACCAAAGAGAAGUUACUAUCUGAAACCGAGCUACAACCUUUCAAGAACUUCUCAUCUCAGCUAGCGGCAUUAGAUUUCAUCGGUUGUGCUGCGGCAAACGCUUUUGCGAUGACGGAUUCAGGGAGUCAGCUGUCGUCGCUUGUGUCCGGGUAUCGGAUUUACUACGGAGAAGGAAAAAUGCCGACGAUAAGACCGAACAAACGGAGACUUUCGGACAUAAUGUUGAAGAACAAUACGAUUGAGUGGAAUGUGUUUGAGAAGAGAGUGAGAAAAGCGAUUAGACAGACAAAACAUGUCUUCGCUAGACCUAAUGGUCGCAGCGUUUUUCGUUACCCAAGAUGUAAAGAAUGCAUGUGUAAUCAUCAUUAG